CAAAUAUCCCCUUAGUUAAAGGCACAUACAUCUUUUAUUUAAUUGAUAACAAUUGUACACACACACACACACAUAAUGUUUGAGAAGAUGGUGUACCCCGCGUUAGAGGAAGCACAAAGCUCACUUUCUCCACAACAGUUGGAAAUUCUCAGACGUCAAGUUGAGUCAGAAAAGCCAGACCCAACCCCACAGUCUUUAUUCAAUUAUGCUUGGGGGUUAGUAAAAUCAUCUGAUUCUAUAUUGCAGAAAAAGGGACUUGAUAUUUUUGCAAGAUUGUAUCGAGAUGUGCCCUCCAUGAGACGUGAAUGUUUAUAUUAUUUAGCACUUGGAUCGUAUAAAUCAGGAGAGUAUUCUAAUGCGAGAAGAUAUGCAGAAACAUUAGUUCAAAAUGAACCAGAUAAUGCGCAAGCUAAGGCUUUAAGACAACUGAUUGAAGAUAAAGUUACACAAGAAGGCCUCAUAGGACUUGGGAUUGCAGGAGGUGUUCUAGCUUUAGGUGUCGGGCUUCUUGGCGCAUUGAUAAGGAAAAAGCGUUAGAUAUUGUUUAGUCAAUGUAUACUU